AAUAUGCCACUUAUUACGCUGUUUCAAUCGUUUCGCCAAGUGCAGUUACUUUACUCUAUUAAUAUUACUAAUAAUUAUUUUGUUCAGCAUGAGUGUUGAGGACCUUACUCGCUUGGGGAUAUUUCUUGUAACCCUUACAGUAUUUUGUAGUGUUUCUGGACACAAAUACAAUUAUGACAACCCAAGUGAAUGGAACCAAGAAUACGAAACGUGCCGUGGAAAUAGACAAUCUCCAAUUGGUUUGGUUCGUGAAGAAAGUUUAGAUAACACCAACCUACCGAAGCUAUCAUUUAACAACUACAACCUUCCAUUAUCAAUGCCUGUUGAAGCACAAAAUAACGGCCAUACGGUUCAAGUAAAAGUCAAUGAUGUAGUUGAUGGCGGUCGUCCAUCUGUGACUGGAGGAGGAGUAAGUGAAAUUUAUGAAGCCCAAAGCUUUCAUUUCCAUUGGGGUUCUCAAAAUUCGAAGGGAUCAGAACAUGAAAUAGAUAAGAACAAGUAUGAUGUUGAAUUGCACAUCGUUCAUAAAAAUAUCAGAUUUGCCAAUCUUAACGAAGCUAGUAAUGAUCCAUCGGGAAUUUUAGUUUUAGGAAUUAUGCUAAAGAAAUGGCAGUUUAUUCCAACAUUUAGAACCGGACUAAAUGCAGUUUAUGACACUCUUCCAUAUUUGUCAAAAUAUGAUUCAACACAAACACUUAACGAAACAAUAACAAUGAAUUCAAUUUUGAGUGGAUUGAAUACGAGGCAAUUCUAUACUUACAAUGGUUCCUUAACUACUCCACCCUGUUCACAAGCUGUUACUUGGUUUGUUUUUAAAGAUGUAGUCCCAAUUCAGAGUAGAUAUCUUAAACGUUUCUGGACCUUGUAUGAUUCGAGAAAUAUUCCCUUGUUAAACAAUUUUAGACCAAUACAAGAAAGAAAUGAUCGUGAAGUACUUUAUCGUGAAGGUCGACGAUCAACACAGUAAGGAAACUCAAGGGAAAUGCUAAGAAACGGAUAAAAAUUCCACACAAAACUAUCAAUCGAAUUAAAUUAAAAUUAAAAAUUAAAAUUGAAAAGGCAAUAUUUAAAUAAAAAUCAAUAAAGCUAAUAAAUGGUUUUUGGUUCUUGUUCA